UAUUAACGUCAUGUUUCCGGGACCGUCGUAGUUGUUGUUUACAUGCUGCACACUCUACACGAGUGUGAACCGGGUCUUUGUCACCAAUGCUGCUCGGGUUUCGACACGUUGGCGUACACGUUCGGAAGGGAUUUCAUAUGCAGCUGUCAUGUCGAAACAAAGCCGCCUCCGUGUCUCCAUCCAAGAAGGCAAAGCUAGAAGCUGCUGCUGCAGAGGAGCGAGCUGUGCUCAGGUUCGCCAAACUUUCAGAGCACGCGACGACACCGACCAGAGGAUCCAGUAACGCUGCAGGAUUCGACCUGUACAGUGCGUACGAUUAUUCCAUUGGUCCAAUGGACAAAGCCAUCGUGAAGACUGACAUCCAGAUAGCGGCCCCACACGGCUACUACGGCAGAGUGGCACCGAGGUCUGGGCUGGCAGUAAAGCACUUUAUCGAUGUUGGUGCCGGAGUGGUGGACGAAGACUACCGAGGGAACGUGGGAGUCGUGCUUUUCAAUUUCGGCAAGGAGACGUUUGAAGUGAAAAAGGGAGAUCGAGUCGCUCAGUUGGUCUGUGAGAAAAUCUGUUAUCCUGAGCUAGUGGAAGAAAAGACUCUGGAUGAGACCGAGCGUGGGGCUGGAGGAUUUGGCUCAACUGGACAAUAGGAAUGUUGUUACUGUAAAUGUUAAAUAUAUGGAUAUUUGUUAAUAAACAUUAACUUUAUACUU